AUGGACAGCCAUAGGAUCAUACCUGCCUACCGGUUGCUCGUUAUUACUGAGAACGCGGGCACUGUGGUGAAUACUUGGGCUCCAGACGUUGUUAACAUCAAUGGGACGUAUUUCUUAUACUAUUCUAUUUCUCAGUUUGGUACCCAAAAUAGUGUUAUUGGGGUCGCUACAAGCAAGACUAUGGAAUACGGCUCUUGGACGGAUCAUGGAGCCGUGUUCUCAUCCAAACCAGGCGACCGAUACAAUUCUAUUGACGCCAACGUCAUCAAGGCUGACGGAAAAUUAUUGUUUACAUUUGGAUCCUAUUGGGCGGAUAUAUUCCAAUUUGAGCUAGCACCAUCUGGCCUAGCCCCCUUGUCACCAUCAGCACCUCAGCUCACACACUUGGUCCUUAAUCAAACAUCCCCACAGUCGGCAGAGGGAGGAUUUAUCUAUAAGCCGCCCAAGUCUAACUAUUAUUAUCUCUUCUAUUCGUCCGGUACAUGCUGCGCCUUCGACCCUGCGGCCCUCCCAGCUCCCGGAGAUGAAUACAAGAUUUUUGUUGGGCGUAGCGAGAAUGCAUCAGGCCCAUUUGUAGGAUCUACUGGAAAAGCACUAACCGAGACUGGAGGAACUCUUGUUCUUGCCAGCCAUGGCAACAUAUACGCACCUGGUGGAAAUUCGGUAUUUUGGCAAGUAAUUGGCAUAUCGCUCGAAGAUUUAAAGCUGACGGAGAUUUCCAGGGACCCCAAAUCCAAGAGAGAUGUUAUUGCCUACCAUUACAGACCACGCGAUGAUAUUCGCGGGGAUGCAAAUCCGUCCUUGGCCUCAACUAUUUGGAUUUCUCGUCGGGUUGGCCCGUCUUGGUGGCUUGAGUUUGCCCUCUGA